AUGCAUGCCUUGCGGAAGAUCUUGAAUAAACCGAGGCCAGACGAUUGGGCGCCGUUGGCGAAAUUCUACUAUGCAGACGAGGCUUUAAACGACAUCGCCUCGGAAUUAGAUUCAUUUGAUGGAAGGAGAGACCCAGAGAGAUGCAACAAUCUCGUCAACAAGUUGCGUGUCGCCCAAGAUCGCGUGCUUCACAUUAUCGGCGAGAUGUUGGUCACUUUGUUUCCACGAGAAGCCGAUAGAGCGUGCCGGGAUUUUCGUGUGAAGUUUCCUGAUGAAAUUGUUCACGAGAAUUUGCCUGGUCAACUCUGGUUUGGAGCUGAGUGUUUGGCUGCUGGCUCAAAUAUCAUUGAUCAUGAAGCAGAAAGUGAGAGGAUACGACCGUUGGCUAAAGAGUUGACAAGGCAUCUCGAUUCACUCAGGGAUAUGCUCAAGGAUCAAUCACUUCGCGACACAGCCCAUUACACGGAACAAAUCAAGGAAAAUUUGCUCAAGUUUGACCGUCUCUUUGCCGAUUUUGAAUUUAAAUACGUAUCUGCAAUGGUUCCCGUGAAAAGUGUGAAAGAACACGAUUGUCAGCUUGACGUCGCUGUCCUGUUUUCGGAUUGUUUGGAAAGAGCUUUGCGGGUUUGUUAUGUGACACAAGACCAAAUCGACUACUGUGAUCCCUCGGUGAUGAUCGUUGUGCCGAGAUUAGCGAUCGUUUGGGGCCUAAUUCUUUACCCUGACGGUGCAUUGAAUGUGGAGGGACCAGCAGAGAACCUCUCGGAAAUGUUCCGCCCAUUUCACUCGUUGCUCACAAAGAUUCGAAAUCUCCUUCGAGUACUUGAGUCACACGAAUUGAGAAAGUUGGAGCAAAUCCUCUGCACUGGUGAAUCAAAUGAGACAAGAGACGAAUCCCCAGAUGCGCUCAUGAUGUCCGAUUUUCGGGCAGGAUCAGGUGAAGAGAUUGGCGAUUUUCGAUUUGGAUUGAGAGAAAAAAGGCCAAGUGGUGAUUCACACGAUCUCCGAGCCAGAUUCCGAUCAGCGGAAGAUCUCUUGCAUCGCUUGUUCGUAUGUAUCUCUGGGGUCGCCGAUCAACUCCAAUCCAACUAUAGCUCAGAAGUCAGAAAGGUCUUGAAAAUGAUUCUCCAACCCUCGGAAAUCAUUCCUGUCUAUGAGGUUAACGGACAAGAUGCUCCCAAUCCUACGAGUAGCGAAGAAGAAACGGGUGUCGAAGUACACGAGACAUUGCCUUUGCCUGCAUUUAUUGGAGUUCGAUGGGUUCCCGACGAAGACUGUGAACAAUGUACAGCUUGCUCAUCUCCGUUCACGGUUGUCCGAAGAAGACAUCAUUGUCGGAAUUGUGGUCGAAUCUUUUGCCACAAAUGUUCUUCGAAUAGCAUUUCAAUUCCUGAACUAGGAUAUGAUCGAAAAGUUCGAGUCUGCAAUCUGUGCUACCUCCACAAGAUCAACCCAUUUGCUCCAUGUCUUCAGAGAGGAAAUGCUCAAGCUCCCGUCAAUCCAAUGCAACCCAGUAGU